UGUCCAGUUGGCCAUUUCCGGUCUCUCUUCCUCUCUCUUCCUCAAGAAAAUCAGGCGAAGAGAGACAGAAGAAGAGGAGUUUUAAGAGUAAAGGAAGGAGCGCUUAAAGAGUCUUUCUUGCUCUUAGCCUCUCUCCCUCCGCCAAAGAUACAGUCUUUCCACAUUUGUUUUCACCAAGAUGAUCUCCCUGAAUAGAAGCUCUUUUCUGAAUAAGAGCGGAUUAGCUGGGUCUUGUAGCCCUUUCUCUGGGGCGCAGAUAUGCCAGAUAAGACGGACAGCUUCGGUGAGAGUGGUGGCUUUGGGCUCAAACGGCCGGGCAGGGGAGAGAAACGCAUCCGUUCAGAUAGAGAACACGUUGAAGGAAAUGAGAGAAGGCUCCGUGAUUGAUGACGUGGACUCCAAACCUACCGUUGGUGGUGGAGUCCAGGAUGUGUACGGCGAGGAUGCCGCUACUGAGGAGCAAUUCGUCACCCCUUGGAGUCUCUCUGUUGCUAGUGGUUAUUCUUUGUUGAGAAAUCCACACCACAACAAAGGGCUUGCCUUCACUGUAAGAGAGAGAGAUGCCCACUUCCUGCGUGGUCUUCUCCCUCCAACAGUUGCUUCUCAAGAGCUUCAGGUGAAGAAAAUGAUGCACAAUAUCCGCCAAUAUCAACUUCCACUACAGAAGUACAUGGCCAUGAUGGAUCUUCAGGAGAGAAAUGAAAGGCUGUUCUACAAACUUCUCAUUGACAAUGUUGAGGAGUUACUCCCAAUUGUAUACACUCCCACUGUUGGUGAAGCUUGCCAGAAAUAUGGGAGCAUCUUUAUGCGUCCUCAGGGUCUCUUUAUUAGUUUAAAAGAGAAGGGAAAGAUUCUGGAGGUUUUGAGGAAUUGGCCUGAGAAGAAUAUUCAAGUUAUUGUUGUCACUGAUGGGGAGCGGAUUUUGGGUCUGGGAGAUCUUGGCUGUCAGGGGAUGGGAAUACCAGUGGGAAAACUUUCCUUAUACACUGCAUUAGGUGGAGUUCGUCCUUCAUCUUGCUUGCCCAUAACCAUUGACGUGGGUACAAACAAUGAGACACUACUGAAUGAUGAAUUUUACAUUGGGCUCAGGCAAAGGAGGGCUACUGGGCAGGAAUAUGCUGAACUUCUUCACGAAUUCAUGACCGCAGUGAAACAGAAUUAUGGAGAAAAAGUCCUCAUUCAGUUUGAAGAUUUUGCAAACCACAAUGCUUUUGAUCUGCUUGCAAAAUAUGGCACAACGCAUCUUGUUUUUAAUGACGAUAUUCAGGGGACAGCAUCUGUGGUACUUGCAGGGCUAGUUGCAGCUCUGAACUUAGUUGGUGGAACCUUAGCUGACCACAGAUUUCUAUUCCUUGGUGCUGGAGAGGCUGGAACAGGAAUAGCAGAACUCAUAGCCCUUGAGAUUUCUAAGCAGACAAAUGCGCCACUGGAAGAGACCCGCAAGAAGAUUUGGCUUGUUGAUUCAAAGGGAUUGAUUGUCAGUUCCCGGAAGGAAGCGCUCCAACAUUUCAAGAAACCUUGGGCUCAUGAACAUGAACCAAUUAAGGAACUCGUAGAUGCUGUUAAGGAUAUCAAGCCAACAGUGUUGAUAGGAACAUCAGGAGUAGGAAGAACGUUUACUAAAGAAGUGGUUGAGGCCAUGGCCUCCAUCAAUGAGAGACCUAUUAUUCUCUCUCUUUCCAAUCCAACUUCACAGUCAGAAUGCACUGCUGAGGAAGCUUAUACAUGGAGCCAGGGUCGUGCCAUUUUUGCUAGUGGGAGCCCAUUUGCUCCUGUUGAAUAUGAUGGGAAAGUUUUUGUGCCCGGCCAGGCAAAUAAUGCAUACAUUUUUCCUGGUCUCGGUCUGGGUUUAAUUAUGUCUGGUGCUAUCCGUGUUCACGAUGACAUGCUCCUGGCAGCCUCGGAGGCUUUGGCUGCACAGGUGAGCCAGGUGAACUUCUCCAAGGGACUCAUAUACCCACCGUUUACUAACAUCAGAAAGAUUUCGGCGCAUAUUGCUGCUAAAGUAGCUGCCAAAGCUUAUGAACUUGGUCUGGCUACUCGCCUUCCUCAGCCCAAGGAUCUGGUGAAGUGUGCUGAAAGCUGUAUGUACACCCCUGCUUACCGAAAUUACCGAUAAAUUGGUAGAAACUUCACUAGUGUUAUUGUAUGACGUUCACUAUAAUCAACCUCACAGUCAAUUUCUUUUAUUUUUUGAACC